AAACAUUGAAGCAAGCUUUUUGGCCGGCUAACAAUUGGCUAACACUGCUAAUCUGAGCUCCAAUUUAUCCUAAGAAGUAAUAUAUAUUUAAGUCUGAUAUAAAUAUCUUUCUAAGUAUAGCCUAAUAAUUCUGAGUUCUAUAACAGACUGAGAAUACCUGACGAAUGAGUGAACAUAUUGGUAGGUAUUGGUUUUGCCUGUCAAGACAUAAUUCCUUUUUGUGAAUCACAAGAUAUCUGAAGAGAUUUCACUUGUAAACGCCUACCAGUGGCAAGCCCCAACUACUUAUGUAGUUUGUGUAGUUCGUCAUGACUUGAAGCUCUAAGGAUACAUUUUUUGGGAUGUUCUUUUGAAAACUCUCAGAAUUCUUCUAAAGUGCUAAGGCUAAAGAGUAAUCCUGACUGUAUCCUUCUGGAACUUUCUUACAGUAGUGAGAGUGAUAGUGCCUAUAGACUCAAUACGCAUUUACUAAAAACCCCAGGGUGUUUAAUAAAGACUGACAUGCCCACCCACACAUUGAUUCCAUAUAUUGAAAGUCCUGAUGGGAUAGGCCAUGAUAUCCUCCACCACAGCAGUGCAACUAUGCCUGGUUCUGGUUCCAGCAUGACCCCGCACAUCAGCUUGGUGGAGAAGACUGAUGUGCUCGGUGGUGUGUCCCUGGGAUGCAUGUUUUGCGAGGAGACCUUCCAGUGUGAGGAGGAGCUCGGGCCACACCUCCUCACGCGGCACCCCACCACGUUCCAUGCCCCUGCAGUGCUCCGGGUGGAGGCUGAGUUCUUGACUCCAGGAGAGAGGGCCCACACCAAGGCAUGCCUGCCCACCGAGCCUGAGGAAGAGCUGUGCUGCGUGGUGUGCGGUCAGGCCACCCAGGACGUAGCUGAGCUUGAGGCUCACAUGAGGAAACACAAGGACUCCUUCACCUACUGCUGUGGCUUGUGCGGCCGCCGCUUCAAGGAGCCCUGGUUUUUGAAGAAUCACAUGAGAACCCAUGGGAAGUCAGGGACCAAGAACAAAGGCCAAGACCUUGAGGUGCCCAUCACCAUAAACGACGUCGUCCAAGAUCAGCUGCCGCCGCCUGCUGUCAGUCUGUACAGAAUGUGCAUGGUAUGUGGCUUCUUCUUCAUCGACAAAGAGGCUCUGGCUGAGCACAGCAAAGUCCACAGUCGAGAGCUGGAGGCAGACGAGGGCAGCCCUGCUAAUGGCCAUCCCGCCAUGGAGACUCCGGCCUCCCAGGAGGGCUUCCUGCACUGCCUCCAGCUGCGGCCAACCUCCAUGGAGCACAGCGAGGGGAAUGGCCGCUGGAUUUCCCAACUUGACCCUUUCAACACCUACCAGGCCUGGCAGCUGGCCACCCGAGGCAAGAUCACCGUUGGCCCUAACCUAAGCAAAGAGCUCAACGCUGACUCCAACUCUGACAACGAGGAGUCAGGCUCUGACAAAGAAGAGCUUGGGGCCAUCUGGGAUUCAAGUGGUGGUGACAGGCCGGUGCGGAGGGGCCUCAGGAGCGAGCUGAAGCCCAAGCUCCCCGGCGUGGAGACCCCUUCACCGUUGCCUGAGCAGAAGAGCCUGAUACGCAAAGACAAGCCUACUGACUGUGAAGAGUGUGGGAAGACUUUCAGGACCUAUCAUCAGCUGGUUCUGCAUUCCAGGGUUCACAAGCGAGAGAGGGGCGGAGCCGAGAGCCCAACCACGCCCGUGGAUGGUAGGGCCUCCAGCGUUGGCUCGGCAGGCAGCCCAUCAUUGGAUCGAAUGGAAGAGGGAUCAGAGGAUGGCUCUGAAGAUGGGGCGCCUGGAGAAACCUUUCAUUCAGAUAAAGGUGAGGAAAGCUCAAAUAAAAUGAAGCUGAAAAUUCUUGCACCAAGGAAAUGCUGUUACUGUGGCAAGACUUUCCGUUCCAACUAUUACCUCAAUAUUCAUCUCAGGACGCAUACAGGUGAAAAGCCUUACAAAUGUAAAUACUGUGACUAUGCUGCGGCACAGAAAACCUCUUUGAGGUAUCAUCUGGACAGGCGUCACAAGGACAAGCCUUACACCGAUAUCCCCAACAUCCCUGUGACGGCACCCACCGCUAGCCUCAGAAAGGGCUGCGAGUCUCCCAGGAACAUGGAUGACAAGCAAGUCCCAAAACAUUCUAAACAGGUGCCUGCCCCCCCCUCCGUCUCUGCCGGCGUCAAGCAUGAGCCGGGGGCUAGCCAGCCGGACGUUGCUACUAGCAGCCCUGUCGCCUGCCUUAAAGAAGAGUGUGGGAAUACGUCUGCCACAUCUCCUUUCACGCCCCCAAGCGAGGUGCUCACCAAAUGUCCCCUGAAGGCCAUGGGCAGAGAGGCGGCUGAGGCGCCCCUCAACCUCUCUCUCAAAGUAUCUUCAUCCGUCUCCGCUACCUCAGUCCCCAGGGCCAUGUUGCUGACCAACUCGUGCGUGUCCUGUUCCUUUGAAACCCUCUACCCUGAAGUCCUGCUAAUGCACAGGAAAAUAACCCACACGGAGAAGCUGGACAUGAAAAAGAAUGCCUACAGGCCUCCCGUCAAGCCCAAGCGCUACACGGGCUGUCCUCCAGCCCUCGACGGGAAAGACGUCAGCCCCCUGCCCAAUGUCAACAGGAAGCACCCGCGUCGGACCAAAUCCCCACCGCCCCAGGCGGCAAGGCCCAUCGAGAAGGCCCAUCCACCCAGACCUCCCCUGCAUGCGGUGAAGGAGCCGUGGAAAGACCACCAGCACACGGCCCAGAGAAGCCGUCCCGCUGAGGCACCAGGUCUCUUGCCCAGGUUCCAGGAACCACCACCAGAUUCGGGCCGGAAGUUUGUCGCACCCACAGUCGCUGACAGGCCCAGCACUGCCCAGAACGGUGCAAUCUGGCCCCCGGACGCAUCCAGGCUUUGCCUGUCAGACCGCUUCAGGAAUCUGACACAAGCAGAUGUGGGUGGGCCGUCCAGUAAGAGGGCGAGGCACUCGGAAGCCCUGCAGGGUGCUGGGCGGCUUGGCGACGAGCCGGGCAGGUUGGUGCCCCCGGGCCGGAGUGUGAAGGGCAUGCUCCAGGGCAGCGUGCCCCUGGCUCCGGUCCGUGGGCCUUCCGCAGUGCCUGACAGCAACGUGGAUGUGGACUGGAAUGUGAUCCAUCUCCUGCGCAACUACACGCCCAGCGACCUGGCCUCGCUCUACCAGCCCUCCGCUCAGGCUGCCGGGCACGCUGCUGCAAACCCGGCCACUACUGGGUGCAGGCUGCCACUCUACCCUCGCUACUCCAGCAGCAUCGCUCAGAGGAGGAGCCACCCCAGCCUGCCUCCCGACGCCAGCUCUUAGAACCUACCCAUGGCUCAAGUAAGUAGACGACACCACCACGUCCGCUCCAACGGACCAUGGAGUCUACAACCAGGAGAAAAGUUUAAGUUAAUGACCAGCUGGGAUGUACGAUUCUACAUUUAAACUUCAGACACUACUUCAAAACAUUACUAAAGGGCGUAUUGGAGUGCUAAAAGUGCUAUCUGAAACCUUGACCAAGAGGCAGCGUAACCUUGGGAUCAGGCCUUGAACAGUGUUUUCAUGUGUCCUCAUGUUGUAUUGUCAGCAUCUUACAGUGUGUACUGCACUUACUCCAAAAACACAACGUUCAGUACACUCCUGCUUACUCUGUAUGGCUUUCAAAUCAACUGCUUUCAAAAUCAAAUCCUGCGGGGCAUUUCUUUGAUUGCCCCCAAAUGCCUACCAAGUGCCUCUGAUACUUGAUCUGGACACUGUUACAUAGACCAAAUCAACUAGGGGACUUCACCCAUGUUCAGCCCAUAAAGGUUGUUUUUGUCGAUAUUAAGACAUUUCUGCUCAUGCUGUGUUUGGGGGGGGAGGUGUUGCUUUACACCAUGCAGCUUCUUGUUUUUCUCAGUGCAAAGUUUGCUUUGUCCCAGUGUUGCCAAUUUAAAGCUGCUGUGUCUUUGUCUCAAAACCUGAGACCCACGAAACAACUGUGACGUACUGUGUAAUUUUUGUUUGUUUGUUUGUUUGUUUUGGGGAUUUUGUUUGUUUUUUGUUUUCUUUUUGUAUUGGGACAAGAAAUACAGGCACUGCAUGAAAACUACACUGUGACAAACCCAGACCUGCCAUUCUCAGGGCUGAUGAACUGUAACUGUGACUUAGUCUCACCUUUAGUUGUGCGGUAGGCCAAUUCUGUGUGAAGCGCCUCUCCCUCCCCCGGUUUUUGUUUAGUUUAGAUGUUAUGCCUUCACAGAACUGAAUGUUUUGUGUUAUAUCCUUAUUUUGUGCAGCAUCGAUUCGAGGAUGCAUAUUUAUUUUCUGGCAAGUGUUUUUUGCUUGUUCUGAUUAGUAGAUGCAUGUGUAUGGAAAUGAUACUGGAUAUGGUGGUUGUGGCAUUCCUGGAGAAUAUGAUGGUGACUUAUCUACUGAGCUGUUUGUGCUCUGCUUUUCAGAAACUACCUUCUCCACUUCCCUUAUGGCUGUGCGGAGUCAGGCAUCAGAUUGUUAACUUAUUUGCUUGUAUUUAAGGGGCUGGCGUGACUUGCGUCAGAAACUCCUCCUGAUGUAAACUUGAACUGUUUUUUUUUUUCUUUUUUUUUUCUUCCCCCCUCUCUUUCGUUGGAAGACAACGUGGACAUUUAUUUUUCUUCCCAAUUUGCCAACUGUGUGAACAAGAGUGAGCUGACUGGUGACACCUAAAUGUACUGGCCUCUAGUGGUGCACAAUAACUAAUCAUGUACAUUUGGCUGAUUUGUGUAGCCUCUGUUUUUUCUCAGUAUUGUAUUCUCUCAUCUGUAAGGCAUUUUAAUAACAGUUUGUUUGCGUAUCUGCAUUUGACAGAUGUAGGUAACACUGAGGUGUGUGGGGGUGUGUGUGUGUGUGUGUGUGUGUGUGUGU